UCUAGGUCUCAGGGACUCCGGAACGGAAGAGGUCGCGGCGGCGAGCGUCACGUGGCCUGGAGGUCACGUGGCCGGGGCGGCUCGCUCUCCGCGGGGUCGGCACUUCUUUGCGCCUGCGCGACGGCGGGCGCUGGGAGGGCGCGCUUGUGGGCGUGGUCUUGGCUCAGGUUGUGGGCGGCUGUGCUGCGCCUCGGCUGCGGGCACUGCGCUUCCAUCUUCUCUCCCGGCGAAGAGCUUGGAAUGUGGUGAUGCCAAUCAGACUUCUCAGAGUGCUGGCCGGAUCUCACUGUAUUUUAUCUACUGCACAUCUGUACCAAAGACUUGUUCAUCUAACAUUAAAACCGCUUAACGAAUUUGAAAAUACAGCAUGCAGCACUCUGACAAUAAAUCAAAACUUGGAUUUGUUCUUUCCAGCAGCCGGUGGUUUGUAUAAAUCUCAGAUCCUGCAAAUGAACCAGAAAAUAUCAAGUACACGUAUAUUGUCUCCAUUAAAUGUCCUGCAUUGCCGAGAUGAAAAAGCACACCUCCCAACUAUGAAGUCUUUUGGUAUGCACAGGAAAGUGACUCACAAACCAAAUCUGUUGGGCUCCAAGUGGUUUAUAAAAAUACUAAAAAAGCAUUACUCAUCUAUACCAGCUGAAACUCUGGUUCCAAAACAUGACUUUCCACAAAUCAAGAGACCACUGAAACCAUCCAGGACCAAGCAGCCAUCCAGGACCAACCUUCCGGUUCUGUCUGUUGAUGAGGUAAAAGACCUGAUGCACUGCACAGCGUUUGCAACGGCAGACGAGUAUCACCUUGGAACGCUCUCUCAAGAUUUGGCCAACCAUGGUUAUAUCGAAGUAACAGGUUUGCCUCGAGAUGCAGCAAAUAUUUUGGUGAUGGGUGUAGAAAAUUCUGCAAAAGAAGGUGAUCCUGGAACAAUAUUCUUUUUCAGGGAAGGAGCUGCUGUAUUUUGGAAUGUGAAAGACAAAACUAUGAAGCAUGUGAUGCAAGUUCUAGAGAAACACGAAAUCCAGCCCUAUGAAAUCGCGUUGGUACACUGGGAAAAUGAAGAGCUUAACUACAUAAAAACAGAAGGGCAGUCAAAACUUCACAGAGGGGAAAUCAAGUUAAAUUCAGAGCUAGAUUUAGAUGACGCCAUUCUAGAGAAAUUUGCUUUCUCAAAUGCUCUUUGCCUUUCAGUGAAACUAGCUAUUUGGGAAGCAUCGUUGGAUAAAUUUAUUGAAUCUAUUCAGUCUAUUCCAGAGGCUUUAAAAGCUGGGAAGAAAGUGAAACUAUCUCAUGAAGAAGUUAUGCAGAAAAUGGGUGAACUCUUUGCCCUAAGACACCGUAUAAACUUGAGUUCGGACUUCUUGAUCACCCCUGAUUUCUACUGGGACAGAGAAAACCUGGAAGAACUUUAUGAUAAAAUGUGUCAGUUCCUUAGCAUUGCUCGGAGAGUUAAGGUCAUGAACGAGAAGCUUCAGCACUGCAUGGAGCUGACAGACCUAAUGCGAAACCAUCUGAAUGAGAAGCGGGCGCUGCGCCUCGAGUGGAUGAUUGUAGUCCUCAUCACCAUAGAGGUCAUGUUUGAGAUGGGGCGAGUCUUUUUCUGAUCAAGUGAUGAUACUCAAAGGAAAGUGCCACUGCAAGCCUACAGCAAAGAGUUCUUCAUGAGUAGCAGUCUCCCUCUGAAGGACCAUACAAUGUCCCUCACUUUCCAAGGACCACUUGGGCAUGGAACAUUCAAGACCCUCUUUUUCCACAUCAGCACUUGCACAGAGUUAUCAAGCCUGUCUUUCCCUUCCCACCCCCUUCUCACACGUUGCAAAAGAAAGGCAGCUCACCAGUCCUGAAUCUUAUUUUGGUCCACCACCCCAAUGUUUCAAAACCUUCGGGAAGCCAAACACAAGAACAAGUUGAAAUACUCAACAGUGAAGCCUCCUUUAAUCGAGAUCAACCUCCUGUCCUCUGUCCAUUAAGAGGUGCAGUUCCAAUAAA